ACCACCCUCAGACCCUGCCUGUGUUGCCUGGAGCGUGUGACAAAGCCGGGUUUGCCAGGAGGCUGCUGCUCCGUUUGCAUAGCGCUGGUGCCGCUCCGAGGGAGGCUCCAGUCCCUUUAAGUACAACAAAGUGGAACCCAGCAUUGUGCAUCUUGAAACCUGAGACCCAGGACCCGGAGUGCGAGGGGGAACAACGGGAAAGCCUCGCCAUUCCCGAGGAUAACGGCCGCGAGUGGAGCUUUGGGGGAUAAAGAGACGCUUUAAGAGGUCGUUGGAUGGCUUUUGUGGGGAGAGCUGUGAAAUAAAGGAGCCCUGGAAGAAGAGAGCUCUUUUUCUCCUCCUCUCUGGAUACAAUGGCCAUUGCAAAGCGAAGCAUCUUGAGAUCUGGCUUCAAAUGGCUCUGCCUUGCAGCUUUUAUGCUAGCCUGCGAUGGACAAGGUGGAAAGCGAGAGAACGGGGGUCCUGCCUGUUACGGGGGAUUUGAUUUGUAUUUCAUUCUAGACAAGUCGGGAAGUGUCCUGCACCACUGGAAUGAAAUCUAUCAUUUUGUGGAGCAUUUGGCCCACAAGUUCAUCAGCCCUCAGCUGAGGAUGUCCUUCAUUGUGUUUUCAACGAGAGGGUCCAUUCUAAUGAGGUUAACAGAAGACAGGGAACAGAUCCGCCAGGGGCUGGAAGAGCUGCAGAAAGUGCUCCCGGGAGGUGACACGUACAUGCAUGAAGGAUUUGAAAGGGCAAGUGAACAGAUUUACUAUGAAAAUGUUCAUGGUUACAGAACUGCAAGUGUCAUCAUUGCACUGACAGAUGGAGAGCUCCAUGAAGACCUGUUCUUCUACUCUGAGAGGGAGGCUAACCGGUCACGAGACCUGGGAGCAACAGUGUAUUGUGUCGGUGUGAAAGACUUCAAUGAGACCCAGCUGGCCAGAAUUGCCGACAGCAGAGAUCACGUCUUCCCAGUGAAUGAUGGCUUUGAAGCCCUUCAGGGCAUCAUAGACUCUAUUCUGAAGAAAUCCUGUAUAGAAAUCCUGGCAGCAGAACCUUCCAGCAUAUGUGCAGGGGAGUCGUUCCAGGUGGUUGUGAGAGGAAAUGGAUUUCGGCAUGCCCGCAACGUUGACAGGGUGCUCUGCAGCUUCAGGAUCAACGACACCCUUACCCUCAAUGAGAAGCCCUUUGUAGUGGAAGAUACCUACUUACUGUGCCCAGCGCCUGUGCUGCGAGAAGUUGGCAUGGAAGCAGCUCUUCAAGUCAGCAUGAACGAUGGUCUGAGCUUCAUCUCCAGCUCCGUCAUCAUCUCCAGCACACACUGUUCAGAUGGGACCAUCCUGGCCAUUGCUUUGUUGAUCCUCUUCCUCCUGCUGGCCUUGGCUCUUCUCUGGUGGUUCUGGCCUCUUUGCUGCACCGUGAUCAUCAAAGAGCCUCCCCCUCCUCCCGCAGAAGACAGCGAGGAGGAAGAUGAUGAUGGCCUUCCGAAAAAGAAAUGGCCAACAGUAGAUGCCUCUUAUUAUGGUGGACGUGGAGUUGGUGGCAUCAAACGGAUGGAGGUGCGCUGGGGGGAAAAGGGCUCCACAGAAGAAGGUGCUAAGCUAGAGAAAGCCAAGAACGCCAGGGUGAAGAUGCCAGAGCAGGAAUAUGAGUUCCCUGAGCCCAGGAACCUGGCGAACAACAUGCGCAGACCUUCCUCUCCUCGGAAGUGGUACUCCCCAAUCAAGGGGAAGCUGGAUGCUCUCUGGGUCUUGCUGCGGAAGGGUUACGACCGUGUGUCUGUGAUGCGCCCACAGCCAGGAGACAAGGGCCGCUGCAUCAACUUCACCAGAGUGAAGAACACAGAGGCCCCCCCCAAAUACCCUCUCAACAACGCGUACCCCCCAUCAUCCCCCCCCCCAGCACCCAUCUACACCCCCCCACCCCCAGCACCCAUCUACACCCCCCCUCCACCCAGCUCCCCCACCCCACACACCCCAUCCCCCUCCUCCACGCUCCCCCCACUCCCCCCCCCUCCCCAAGCCCCCCCACCCAACAGGGCCCCCCCUCCAUCCCGGCCCCCCCCUCGCCCUGCAGUCUAAAGGGGGGGGUUCAGCCUUGUUCCCAUCUCUUCCACAAGCAUCCGAGGGGCUUUUUCAGCAGUACUG